AUGCACUGAAGAUUUCCUGUGUAGUUUGAUAUAGCACUGAGCACCACCCACUCACGCGACAGAGGUCACAAAGAAAUUUCCAUUCCCAUGACGCCAAGCUCAUAUGAAGGUGUGGGGGGAAACAGACAAUGCAUUUGUUUAGUGCUCAUGUUUAUCAGCCUACUGUGUAAUAAUUAGCUGACUUUUUUGGGUGGAAUUGUGGAUCCAGCGAGUGUUCUUCAGAAACGUUCCAUAAUCAGCAAAGGAAAGCAGAAGUAAACUUUCCCACUGGCUCUGUCACCUACAAGCUCAUUUUUAUUAUCCAACCUGAAACAAUGAAUAGAUCUGUUGGAGAUUUCCCUGGCAACUGCAGUACCCCAGCAGACUACCAGUUCUACCUCUUUCCAGCCGUCUACAGUCUGGUGAUGGCACUGGGCCUGCCAGGAAACGUGGGAGCCCUCUACAUGUUCAUCUUCAAGAUCACUCCCCGCACCUCAUCUAACGUGUACGUGAUCAACCUGGCCCUCGCCGAUACCGCCAUCCUCUGCACCCUGCCCUUCAAGAUCCACUACUUCCUCAACAGAAACGACUGGGUAUUCGGAGACAUGGCUUGCCGCAUUACAGGAACACUGUUCUUCGCCAACAUCUACAUCAGCAUCGCCUUCAUGACCUGUAUCUGUGUGGAUCGAUACACGGCCGUCGCCCAUCCUCACAUCUAUCUGAGGCUCCGGAACUCAUGUUAUACUGUAGUGGUGAGUGUGGCGGUGUGGGUGGUGGCGGGGGUGGCUGUUCUGUCCUUCAUCCGAGUGGGACCUCUGGACAGCAAACCUGGCGAAGGUCGCCCCCAGCGCCGUAGCUGCUUUGAGAACUUUUCAAAGCACGAGUGGGACAGGCGUGUGGCGCCGUACAGCUUAUUCAGUCUCGUCUUCGGCUCGCUACUGCCCUCUGUGGUCAUCCUGGUGUGUUACCCUCUGGUGGCACGGCGCAUCGCUCUCAUCCGGACCAACACGGCCCGCGGAGCCCUGAGGGUCAUCUACACCAUCCUGGCUAUCACCCUGCUCUGCUUCCUGCCGUACCAUGUGGUUCACUUCCUGCACCUGCUCCGCCGUCAAGGGGCCAUCCAUCACUGUCCCUAUGCCAAUGCCAUCUACAAUGCCCGGCAGGUGACUCUGGCUCUGGUCAGCCUCAACAGCUGUCUGGACCCCCUGCUCUACUACUUCACCACUAGUCGCUGUAAGUGGAGUCCCUCCAUGGCCAGGUUCAGAUGGAUUUGGGCCAGGAGGAAUAGGGGGCUCUAUACCAUUGCUGUGGGACAGUGAAUGGUUUGGAUACACUAGCUCCAACUGUAUCCAAUCAGCUAAUGUAAUUGUAUGCUUUUUAUAUUCUACUCACAAACUCUGAAGCCAUCGUAAACCACCAACCUUUGCAAACAUGUAGAGUUGAAGUUGGAAGUUUACAUACACCUUAGCCAAAUACAUUUAAACUCAGUUUUUCACAAUUCAUGACAUUUAAUCCUAGUAAAAUUCCCUGUCUUAGGUCAGUUAGGAUCACCACUUUAUUUUAAGAAUGUGAACUGUCAGAAUAAUAGUAGAGAGAAUGAUUUAUUUCAGAUUUUCUUUCAUCACAUUCCCAGUGGGUCAGAAGCACAAAGGAGAUGUCCUAACCGACUUGCCAAAACUAUAGUUUGUUAACAAGACAUUUGUGGAGUGGUUGAACAACGAGUUUUAAUGACUCCAACAUAAGUGUAUGUAAACUUCCGACUUCAACUGUAUGUAUUCAAGCUUUGUACAAUAGACAUACGAACCUUUACAGAAAGCUACACUGAACAAUGGGAUCAUAUUGAAGACAAUCGCGAUGGAAGUCCUUUCUUCAGCAGAGUAGACAGAAAGCUCCCCAGAUCUUCAUCCUACAAAUAAAGCCAGGUUGACAUCAUUUGGAUUGAAAUAAACUCUCUGAGAAUGUGAUGGAGUAGUUUGACUUGUGAUUAGUACAUCUACUCUAUCAGGAAACAUACUAACCUAAAGUGUAUUUUGAUCAUAUAAUUGACAUUUACAUAGUGUUUAUCUAAAAAGGGUUAGAUUCGAAAAGGUUCUGGCUUGUGGUCGCUACAUGUACUGCUGUAGCUAGAUGUUUUUGGUCAAAUAAAAAUAAGUGCGUCACAGGAUAUGGCGACGGUGACUCAAGUUAUAGAAACCCCAGGACUAUUUAACGUUGUGGGCUGCGCCAUAAUGUGUAUAGUGCAACAGGGUUCAGUUAGCAUCGUAAGCACACUCCAAAGCUUGAACUGCCUCCAAUCACAUCGCUUUUCAGUGGCGUAACUGGCUAGUACGUUGUCGAACAGACGGUCACGCGUGUUUGCGAUGCAGACCCUGGUUCGAGCCAUGUAUGGACAGUGUACCCAGACACUGUGGUCUGGCACAAUAACACUCAUUUCCAACACCCGUCCUCCUUACCUGAUAGCUCUUCAGCUGAAGAGCCUGGGAGGUGCUGGAUGGUGUAACCUUUCAGUAGACUAGAACAGAGGCAAUACAGAGAGAAAUGGGAGAAUGAAUCAUUCAUAUUAGUCCUCUUACUGUAUACUUUUCUUUGCUCAAGACAUAGAACAAACGUUGUACAUUUUAUGCCCAAGCUUUACCCAAAUAAGAAUAAAAAUGGUCAACUUUGUCUUACUGUA